GGCUCAAUCCGUAGCCAUUUUGGCUCAAGCCAGUUUGGCUAAAGCCAAGGGGCUUAAGCAUCCUUGGCUUAAGCCGUGUUAGUUUUCGGAUUAGGCCCCCUCAUUUGAACGGUCAGCGGACGAGGGAUAUGACGGACGUGGGCGCGCCAGAGCUCGAAAGGACGGCUCUCACGCACGAUGGCGGGAAUGUGCGUUUCAGGUGGAGCAUCGUGGGCGCAACGCUGGGGGUGGUUGUGGCAUGUGUGAUGGCAGGCGCCGCUGUCGGCGCGCAUGCGAUCUUUUCACCGCGGGCGUGGCAGGGAAUGAGAUUCCCGUCGGGCCCACAGGGCCCAAUGUCAGAAGGGUCGUCGGAACCCCUCAGAGAGCGCCACCCAAACCUGGUGCCCGCGAGAGCACCGCCACGUCGAGGAUCGCACCGAAGGGUCGGGAGAGCGCAAUCGAGACGGCCAUGGAAUCGCAAACUGUAUGCAAAGCACCGAGGAAGUCAUGCAGCAACCAAUGCCGCUGCGCAAACCUUCUUGCAAUCCCCCCUGCCCCCGAAAGUCGCAAACAUCUCAGUGGAACGACCGCUUGUGUUUAUCCAUCAGAGGAAGGCAGGCGGCAUAUCUCUGAGAUCCAUUCUGUUCAGUCAAGCGAAACGCUUGCACUUACCGUUCAACAUCAAGUGCUUUAGUGAACCCUGUGAAUCUUACAGUUAUGGGACCUCUAAGGUAGCCGUGUAUGGCGGGCAUGUGGAUUGGCUCGAGUUGUCUCGCACUUUUGCCAGGCAAGGCCAGUUCACUUCGAAAGAUGUUUGGAAGGACGGUGUGCAACAGUUUUCGUGUAUCACAAAUUUCAGGGAUCCUUUGUCGCGCAUUCAGUCUUGUUAUUACUAUCGGUUCAAGAAAUUCGGUGCCCCAGAUUGCCUUGCCGCUGUGAAGCCCGAAGAUAUGAAACAGUUCUUUCGUCAGGGCCGUUCGGAGUAUGGGCUGGGCUGUCUGAACGAGCCGUUUCGCAUGUUGAGCGGCUUGGUCGAUGAGGCUUUGUUUAAUGAUGACACCGAUGACCAAGAGUGGGAUUACGUCUUCAAUUCAACAUUGGCGAACCUUGCCCACUGCGUCCCAAUCAUACUUGAGAACUGUUCUACGCUGGAUGUUGCUGUCUCAUGGUUCCCACAACUCAAACACAUCGCAGACCUUCGCACAGUUCGCAAAAAUCGCGGCGGAGAAAAGUGUGAGCUCUCUCAGCGCCACCUGGACGUGCUGGAAGACCUGACGAGGCACGAGCGCAACCUCUACGACCUGGCCGUGCAGAGGGCCGACAAGUUCUUCUCGAGCAUGCCUCCACCAUGAGGAGGAGGCGGAGGGGGUGGAGGGGGAGGGGGCGAGGGGGAAGGGGCGGAGGAGGUGGCCCGAGAAGCCCGCGCGGACGCUAGCGCAGGGGGAUGCGGCGGUGCGGCGGCACCGUCGACCUCGCCGCUUCCCAGGCCCUUUGUGUCCUUGGGAGCAGGCGUCACAGCGCAAGCCGUGCCUGCAAAGAAA